AUGCCUCCCAAGAACGUGUCAACCCGCCUCAAUCCCAUCCGUCUACAGACAAUCAACCACCUCCGCGUUCGCCGGCCAAACCAGCAGGAACAGAACCCAUGCGUGACCGUCAUGUCCUCGAUGCUGAAUUGUUGGGCUUCCCAGGGAUAUAGUGCCGAGGGCUGCGCUGCGCUGGAGACGCAAUUACGGAAAUGCAUGGAUCAGCCGAAAUCCUCCGAAAAGAAGAAGAAUACCGUCAACUACCACCUCAUGAGAAUGUACCCCAAGGUCGUGGGUCCGCGGAAGAAGGACGGUGUUCUGGGUUGA